AUGUUUCUGAAUGUUUCUGAAUAUGUUUCUGAAUAUGUUUCUGAAUAUGUUUCUGAAUAUGUUUCUGAAUAUGUUUCUGAAUAUGUUUCUGAAUAUGUUUCUGAAUAUGUUUCUGAAUAUGUUUCUGAAUAUGUUUCUGAAUAUGUUUCUGAAUAUGUUUCUGAAUAUGUUUCUGAAUAUGUUUCUGAAUAUGUUUCUGAAUAUGUUUCUGAAUAUGUUUCUGAAUAUGUUUCUGAAUAUGUUUCUGAAUAUGUUUCUGAAUAUGUUUCUGAAUAUGUUUCUGAAUAUGUUUCUGAAUAUGUUUCUGAAUAUGUUUCUGAAUAUGUUUCUGAAUAUGUUUCUGAAUAUGUUUCUGAAUAUGUUUCUGAAUAUGUUUCUGAAUAUGUUUCUGAAUAUGUUUCUGAAUAUGUUUCUGAAUAUGUUUCUGAAUAUGUUUCUGAAUAUGUUUCUGAAUAUGUUUCUGAAUAUGUUUCUGAAUAUGUUUCUGAAUAUGUUUCUGAAUAUGUUUCUGAAUAUGUUUCUGAAUAUGUUUCUGAAUAUGUUUCUGAAUAUGUUUCUGAAUAUGUUUCUGAAUAUGUUUCUGAAUAUGUUUCUGAAUAUGUUUAUGAAUAUGUUUCUGAAUAUGUUUCUGAAUAUGUUUCUGAAUAUGUUUCUGAAUAUGUUUCUGAAUAUGUUUCUGAAUAUGUUUCUGAAUAUGUUUCUGAAUAUGUUUCUGAAUAUGUUUCUGAAUAUGUUUCUGAAUAUGUUUCUGAAUAUGUUUCUGAAUAUGUUUCUGAAUAUGUUUCUGAAUAUGUUUCUGAAUAUGUUUCUGAAUAUGUUUCUGAAUAUGUUUCUGAAUAUGUUUCUGAAUAUGUUUCUGAAUAUGUUUCUGAAUAUGUUUCUGAAUAUGUUUCUGAAUAUGUUUCUGAAUAUGUUUCUGAAUAUGUUUCUGAAUAUGUUUCUGAAUAUGUUUCUGAAUAUGUUUCUGAAUAUGUUUCUGAAUAUGUUUCUGAAUAUGUUUCUGAAUAUGUUUCUGAAUAUGUUUCUGAAUAUGUUUCUGAAUAUGUUUCUGAAUAUGUUUCUGAAUAUGUUUCUGAAUAUGUUUCUGAAUAUGUUUCUGAAUAUGUUUCUGAAUAUGUUUCUGAAUAUGUUUCUGAAUAUGUUUCUGAAUAUGUUUCUGAAUAUGUUUCUGAAUAUGUUUCUGAAUAUGUUUCUGAAUAUGUUUCUGAAUAUGUUUCUGAAUAUGUUUCUGAAUAUGUUUCUGAAUAUGUUUCUGAAUAUGUUUCUGAAUAUGUUUCUGAAUAUGUUUCUGAAUAUGUUUCUGAAUAUGUUUCUGAAUAUGUUUCUGAAUAUGUUUCUGAAUAUGUUUCUGAAUAUGUUUCUGAAUAUGUUUCUGAAUAUGUUUCUGAAUAUGUUUCUGAAUAUGUUUCUGAAUAUGUUUCUGAAUAUGUUUCUGAAUAUGUUUCUGAAUAUGUUUCUGAAUAUGUUUCUGAAUAUGUUUCUGAAUAUGUUUCUGAAUAUGUUUCUGAAUAUGUUUCUGAAUAUGUUUCUGAAUAUGUUUCUGAAUAUGUUUCUGAAUAUGUUUCUGAAUAUGUUUCUGAAUAUGUUUCUGAAUAUGUUUCUGAAUAUGUUUCUGAAUAUGUUUCUGAAUAUGUUUCUGAAUAUGUUUCUGAAUAUGUUUCUGAAUAUGUUUCUGAAUAUGUUUCUGAAUAUGUUUCUGAAUAUGUUUCUGAAUAUGUUUCUGAAUAUGUUUCUGAAUAUGUUUCUGAAUUGUUUCUGAAUUGUUUCUGA